AUGACUCUCCGAAGCAAAUUAUUGCAAAGAGCCUCCUCCGCUGCUUCAUCGUCAGCCUCCUCUUCAUCCAAUAAAAACAUUACUGCAUCAUCGAAACAAAAAUCAAUUUCUCAUCAUGAUGAAAAUGCUAGUACCACUCUCAUGAUGGAUGAUGACUCGCAACAGCAACAAGUGGAUCAUUCUCAACGAAAUCAAUUUUCGGAGGCUUUAAAAGCAAACGCCCCUGCAAUUUAUUCCGUAUUUGAACAAGUUUUGAAGAGAAGAGAUGUAAAUAAUGGAAAUUGGAAGAGUAUGAAUAUCAUCAUUGAAGCAAUUACUGAAACAAUCUAUACUCAACAACAACCUCUUUCACCAACAUCCUAUUAUGGGGCUAUCUUGAAAACUCUUUCUUCGGAUCAUAACAACGAUGCAAGAAAGGUAUCCUCUCUCCUUCAGUUGCUUUCAAUUUUGAUGGAACACAUCAAGUCAUCGGUUGUUCUAUCAAGUUUCGAGUUUAUUGGCCAAACUCUUCUUUCAAUUCAUCAACAAAUGGACAAAUUCGAAUAUGUGACGAUACAACUUGUAGUUGUUAUUAUCCAAGUAAUUUCAAAACUUGGAACCCUUCCAGAACACGCCUCAGCAUAUAGUAAGAAACAAGACUUGGAAAAACUUUCUUUUAGCUUUCUGUUCGACAGCAGAAAUGCCGUGAGAGAAAAAUGUCUUCACACACUCCAACAACUCAUUGAGAAAAAGCAAUUAUUCAUUUCACAAGAUGAAAUGGUUUCGGUUUAUCUCAUUGAGCAGUAUCACUCUUCAAGCAAAUCAAGAAAUGCAGAUAUUUCUACAUCAGUCAUUAAGGCAAUUGGUUUAUUGAGUGAAAAUUUGAAUGAAAGAAAUGUUGUUAUCGUCCUCCAAAAGUUGUUGGAUAUUUUACUGAAAGGCAACACGGGUAAUCUUCCUGCAAGCAUUUGUGCUGAAAUUUACAGAACGAUGAAGAAUAUUUUUGAUUCUAACAAAAAUUUACAAGCAAAGAGUGUUGCACAAAUAAUUGACAUUCUUCUUGACAAACUCUGCCCAAUUUUGAAAAGCGAUGACCCAAAGAAGGUUGUUGCUUAUAUUGUUAUGAUGACACAUGCUCACAAAUGCCUAUACAGAUUGGAUAAGCAAUUGCUUGCUAACAGAAUACCCAAAUUUUUCAAAUUAAUAUUUGAUUCACUAUUGAUUGGAAAGCCUGAGUUGGACGAAACAGUGAAUGCUGCCUUUUCCAACCUUCAAAACUUAAUCUUCACUUGCUUUGACCUUGAACUUUUCAGAGACGAAAAUCAACAGCCAUCUGAUAUGGAAGACAACGAAGGGGACUCUACCAAUCAAUCUUCAAUGGUGGUUAUUGCCAAUACGUUGCAAAACGGUUUAGAAAAUGUGAAGAGCAACAGAUAUGAUCUAAUUGCUCAACUUUCUCUAGACAUCAUUCUCAAAGUUAGUCUACUCAGAUCGAAGGGCCUUAAACUCAACUCAAUCAAAAAUUGCAUUUCCGAUUUCCUAUUGUUCUCAAGUGAUGUAUUGCAAGAACUCCUUAGAAAAGAGAAAGAAAGCAAGCUCGAUGCAACACCACUCGAACAGUCAGAGCUCAAGAAUGCACGAUCUGUUUAUUAUCUCGAGAAGAUUGUUGGCUAUUGCAUUCGUGCUCUCGGGCCAGAAGAGUCCUUCAAAGAAGGAGCGAUUGAUUUUGAUGGCUGGGUUUUGAGUAUUCUAAUCAAUCACAAAGUGGACUAUUCUCAUAUUCCGAACCUGAAAUCAUCCACUCAAGGCAACGAGCCAUCCAACGAACAAAUCUCUCAAGAUCUUUCUAAAUUGACCGGAAUUUGUGUGAACGGCCAACUGGGAUACUGGAUCAACGUCUUGUUACCAAUGGCAAAAACCUUCUAUGACAAAAGCAAAACCUCAGAGGUAGAUCGUCAUGGCAGCAAUGCAUUCUUGACACUCUACGAAAAGAUUUGGGCUCUUCUUCCACAAUUCUGUAGCUAUCCUGUUGAUUUGGAUUCUCAAUUUGCAUCCGUUGCACCUUUACUGGGUGAAAAGAUUGCCUCUGAAGCCACCAAAGGCAUUGAGCACGAUAUCAAGAUUGCAUGUUGUAACAGUUUAUCAUUGGCCAUCUCAACGUACUCCAGUGUCGUGGAUAAUGACGGAAAGUUACCUCUCAACAUUUUUGGUUUGGACAAGGAAACAUGCAAGAGAGGUCUGAAAGCCAUAGCUGGAUUCAACAAGCAAUUUAUUCCUCUCUUGUUCAACCUCUUCGUGGAUCAGAAUGCAAAUGCUACCACCAGUGACCUUCAAUAUGCUGUCGGAAAGGCAAUCACUGCAUUCUUUUCGAUAUGUGACAAUGAAACAAUAACUGAAUAUUUCAAAUUAGUUCUGAAGAAGAUUUUAACCAUUAACUCUGAGUCAGAUGAAGAAAAAUUCUUUGGCUUCUUCGAUCUCUCUAUUACAAUGCUUUCAUGUGUGCCAAAUUCAUGCUUGGAACUCUAUUACAAAUUCCUCCUUCCUUACCUAAAAAUUACCUCUAGUACCACUCCAAAACUUCAAAAGAAAGCCUACAAGGGUCUUAACAUUCUUCUUUCCUCCUGGAAGAGACACUCUGGUGAAAUGAAAGCUGAAACCAUUGAUGAAAUUCUUUCCAUCUUUGAAUCUAUUGCUGAAAUUACGAUAUCCAAAAAGUUUAGAGUGAAAUGUUUCAACUUGCUCGUAACAAAAUACCACGAUUUACUCAUCCAAAAUCAAAGAUCUAAUUUUGUGAUUGGAGAAUGUAUAUUUAACAUUGAUAAUACUGAAAAUCAAAAAGUGAGAGAUUUGUCCAUACAAACUCUGAAAGCAUUUAUUGAUCCUUUAACAGAUGAAACCAAAUACUCUCCACAACAGCAACAACACAAUGUUAUUGAUUUUAUUGUGAGAAGAGUAUUGCCUGGAUUGUGUGGCAAGAGUGAUUCAAUGAUUGCCUCCACUAUUGAUGCUCUCUCUGAACUGCUCCCAUCCUAUUCAAAAUAUUUACAACCAAUUUUGAAAGACGUGUUUGACUCUGUGACCAUUGUACUGCAAGACGAAAACGUAAAAGUUGUUUCAUCUCUAAUGCAAUUCUUCAAGAGAUGUGUUGCAUUGUUUGAAAAGGAAACAUUGAAACCUUAUAUUUCUCAAUAUUUAGAUACGUUCUUCAACCACUCUAAUGAGAAAUCUGGAGGAACAAGCUUGAGAGUUCAAUUGAGAUUCUUGGUGACCAAACUCCUUAAAAAGUUUUCCUAUGAAGAAUUGAAAGAGAUGCUCAAUACCAAAGAACGACAACACUUUUUAAAGAACACUUUCAAGAAUAUGCAAAAACUGAAGAAGAAUAAGAAGAACGGAAAAGGCCAAGACAUGGAAGAUGAGGAUGAUACUGAACAAACCAACCAACAAGAAGAAGAAGAGGGAGACAACAAGAAGCCAAAGGAUGAGAGUACAUUUGCAGUCAAGAGAGGAAAACUUGUGAUUGAGGAUCUUCCUGAGGGAGCAAGUUCUCAAUCAGAAAAGACAUCCUCUUCUGCUGACAAAGAUAACGAAGGUACCAAUGCUGCUUCUCGGCCUGAAAGAACCAUUGAUCUCAUCAAGCAAUCCAUCAACAAUAGAGGCGCUUCAAAGAAGAAACAAUCCGAUCAGCUCAACCCUGACCAACUCUUCCUGGCCAAACUUGAAAAGAGAAAACAAAAGAAGGAGAGCAAGAUUAUUUUCGGUGGAGGCAGAGGUGGCAAGAAUUCAUCAGGAAUGGAUCCAUAUGCAUACAUUCCACUUGAUCCAAAACGUUUGAAUAAGAGAGAAAGAAACAAGGAAAGCAACUUCCAAAAGUUUGAAAGAAUUACCAAGAAGAAGAAAUAA